ACUUGUUCAGUAGUCAUGGCUGACGUAAAACCUAACACCGCGGUGGUUUACGGCAUGUCGCAAACGCGAUGAAAAUGCGCGGCACGCAGCAGUCACUGUACGCUAGCUAAGAUGCUAUGUAAACAACAUAAAUCAUCGAAUCCAGCCUCUCGGUGCGUUGGAAUGACAGUUUGUGUGUAUUAAGAGAGAAAAGAUGGCUGACAAAGAGGAGGAGCCAUCUCUCCAGGUAGUUGGUGUGAGUCACUGUGACUCCGCCCCCCUGCUGUGGAGGAUGAAGGACCUGCGGACGGUCAGGUCCCUUGGCCUGGUGGGGGCGCUGCUGGGGUCCCUGCCGCGGACGCCCCGACAGAACGUCCGCCUGGGUCGGCCACUGUUGCUACUGCCAGAGGAAGAGCGCCUACUAGCAGAGAGAGGCGUGUCCGCCAUCUCGCCACCGGGACCGCUGGACGCUGAAGGGGCGGAGCUUCGUCAGCAGGUGGCACAGUUCGAGGAGAACCUGCGGUGGAGUUUUGACGAGCAGCACGUCCUCGCUCUGCGCGACAGGAAGUCAGCGCUGGUCAGAGCCAUGAGCUCAUCACGUGCAGAGUCUGGAUCUGGCGGCGAUGAUGAGGACCUGCGUGGACGCCUGGAGGCGUUGGAAGGCAGCUUCAGCUUCCCUCGCUCGGCGUUGGCGGUCCAGCUCAGCACAACAAGGGCGGGAUUGGCCUACUGCCCCGAGGACCGCACCCUCCUCCUGGCAGGCGUGACCACUGGCCAGCACCCAGAAUGCAACACACGAUACCAGGUGUUUAGAGACCUGAGGGGGCGGGGCUUCUACCUUACUUCAGCCGGCAAGUUUGGCGGUGAUUUUCUCGUCUAUCCCGGCGAUCCCCUUCGUUUCCACGCUCACUUCAUCGCCGUGUGUCUGUCCGAGGACGAGAGCGUGGUGGUGCUGGACGUCCUCGCCGUGGCUCGGCUGGGCUCUAACGUCAAGAAGACUGUCCUCUUGUGCUCGCCGCAAAGUGGCGGAGGCGUGACUUACUCGUCCCUGCAGUGGAGCGGGAUGGUUUAAACCACGCCUUCCACUUCCUUCAAGUGAGAGCUUCAGUUUUGUUUUUUUACAAACGUAAAUAAAAUGUCAUGUUUAUACUCGGAA